CCGACACACAUCGACAUCAGCAUCGCACUCUUUGUCACAACUGGCCACUCGUCGUCUCGUCUCCAUCGCAUCCAUCAAAUAGUACACAUCGCGCACCUUGCCUUGCACCCACCUCGGCCUCGCACCACACUCCGACUUCACACGGCGCGUACAUCGCCUUCACCCCUCACCUAAACCACCUACACACCACCAUGGGCUUCACUUCCGCCCUCCGCGAUCAGCUGCUCUCGCAGCCAAAGUCGUUCAACAAGAAGAAACAGUACCAGCUCGAAGAGGUGCUCGGCCGCGGAGGCUUCGGCAAGGUCGUGCGCGCGACGUGGACCCCCCCAGAGGGAGAGAAGAAGGAUGUCGCGUUGAAAAUAAUCCCCAAGAAGCUCGUCAAGGACCCCUCUACGGUCAUGGACGAGGUCAACGUCCUCAAGGACCUCGACCACCCCAACAUUGUCCACGUGUGGGACUACUUUGAGUCGCGCGACAAGUACUACCUCGCAUUCGAGCUCGCGAGCGGCGGUGAGCUGUUCGACCGCGUGACCGAGCGUGGACGCUUCACCGAGGCCGACGCAGUUGUGUGCAUCCGCCAGGUCCUCGAAGCUACGGCCUACCUUCACGCGCACAACAUUGCGCACCGUGACCUCAAGCCCGAGAACAUCAUCUACAAGACGCGCGACGAGGACUCGAAGAUUGUGAUUGCCGACUUUGGUAUCGCCAAGCACGUCGACGGUGACGAGGAGCUCACGUCCAUGGCCGGCUCGUUUGGCUAUGCUGCGCCUGAAAUCCUCCUCGGCAAGCCUCACGGCCGCAAGGUCGACCUCUGGAGCAUUGGCGUCAUCGCGUAUACUCUGCUCUGUGGAUACUCGCCAUUCCGUUCCGACGACCGCAACGAGCUGAUCCGCGAGACGACCUCGGGCCGCGUGACGUUCCACGAGAGAUUCUGGAAGCACGUCUCAGAGGAAGGCAAGAACUUUAUCAAGCAGCUCCUUGUUGUCGACCCCAAGCUGCGUAUCAGCGCGGCCGACGCGCUCAAGGACCCGUGGAUUGGCGGCGCGGGCGCCACCGACGAGGACCUGCUGCCUACCUUCCGCGAGAACUUCAACCCCAAGAAGAAGUGGGCCGACGCUAUCCGCGUCAUCCGCGCCACGAACAAGUUCAAGGCGGCAGCAGCCAAGGAGAAGCCCGAGUUUAGCAGCGACAGCGAUUCCGAGGGCUUCAGGACGGCCGAGGAGGACGAGGGCUCGCCAAAGGCCGCCAAGAAGGACGUCGGGGCGACCGGCCUCGAGAAGGAUGUGAAGAAUCUCAAGGUGUAG